AUGGGAACCUCUCUUCUUCGCUCCCACGAUUGUCUUCAAGGCCACGAUGCCUUACCCCUCACUUCAUCCUCAAUUAGAUCACAAAGAAACCCUAAUUCCAAUCCCAGCCCUUACCAGACUCGCCGCCGGAGGCUCUACGACGGCUAUCGCUCCGGUAUGGUUGUGAAGGGCCCUGGCGCGAACCUUGUUAUUGGGCAAGUCAAGAUCCUCAAGAGAGGCGAGAAGCUGAACCCCGAGAACACGGGUUCCGCCAAUGAAGGUUUUGAUCUGGUUCUGGGAUCCACGAACCGUUUGGGCCCGGAUCCGAGUUCUGUCCCGGUUCCUGGGUUCCUCGCUCUGAGGCGGUGA